ACAAAGAUGGCGGCGUCCAUGGUUAGGCAUUUUGUUGGCCAAGGUUGUCGUAAAUCCAGCAGGAGAAUUGGCAGAAAAGACUUCAGCAGUAAACCCAGCAGUGACAGUGUCCUAUCCACACCGCUAACAAAGCCUCUGCCAAACUUCAUACUUCCAAAAUUUGCCACCAAAGAUAGUGUCAGUCAUGAAACAAAGAUAACAACACUGGACAACGGAUUAAAAGUUGCCUCCCUUCAGAAAUUUGGUACUUCAUGCACAGUUGGAGUCCUAAUAGAGUCUGGCUCAAGGUUUGAGGUGAAUUAUCCAAGUGGAAUUAACCACUUCCUCGAAAAGUUGGCUUUUCAGAAAAGUGUGGAGUUUGCAGGUCGGGAUGAAGUUAACCAGGCCCUGGAGAGUGUUGGUGGCAUCAUGGAUUGCCAGACUACCAGGGACGUGUCGAUUUAUGCCACUACUGUAGACGCGACUGGAGUAGAUACAGCCUUAAAAAUUCUGUCAGAGGCAGUCCACAGGCCCAUUAUAGAAGAGCAACAGUUGGAGUUGAUACGCCAGACCAUUCAGUUUGAGAUAGAAUCACUGAGAAUGACACUUCAGCCUGAUGUUCUAUUGAAUGAGAUGGUCUUUGCGGCAGCAUACAGAAAUAAUUCACUGGGUCUACCAAAGAUAUGUCCCGUGGAAAAUCUGGGCUUGAUCACACCGCAGACACUGUACACAUUUAUGAACGGGUUCUAUGAUCCAAAGAGAAUGGUGAUUGCCGCAGUUGGCAUUGAACAUGAAUCUCUUCUAGAAAUGGUACAGAGGCAAUUUGUGGAGAAGAAGCCCAUCUGGAUUGAAGACUCGAGUCUUGUUGAGCCCGGCAAGGGAAGAGAUGAAUCCAUCGCUCAAUAUACUGGAGGGCUUGUGAAGGAGCAAGCAGACCUAUCAGAACUAAACCUCUCAGCUAUGCCGAUGCCGGACCUCGCCCAUAUUACCCUUGGUCUAGAGAGCUGCUCCCCUAACGACCCUGAUUUUGUCCCCUUUUGUGUCCUCAACAUGCUGCUAGGAGGGGGCGGGUCCUUCUCAGCUGGGGGGCCAGGAAAAGGGAUGUACUCACGAUUGUACUUGAAUGUAUUGAACAGACAUCACUGGAUUGAGAAUGCCACAGCGUUUAACCAGGUGUUUGAAGAUACAGGACUUUUCUACAUAUACGCAAGCUCUCAUCCCUCAAAGGUACGAGAUUUGGUCCAAGUAAUUGGUGAAGAGUUGGUCAACACGUCUGGUAACAUGAAUAUGGAUGAGUUGGAACGUGCCAAAGUUCAGCUGCAGUCGAUGUUGAUGAUGAAUCUUGAACAAAAGCCAGCAGAGUUUGAAGAUAUUGGUCGUCAAGUUCUAUCUGUGGGUCAUAGAAAACCUCCACAAUACUACUAUGAUGCCAUAGGGGCAGUAACUGCGGAAGACAUGAAACGCAUUGCUGACAGAAUGCUGUUGUCAAAACCUGCGGUGGCUGCGUACGGUGAAAUAUCCAAACUGCCUGACCUUGACACUGUGCAAAAAGUCCUUCUGGGCGAGAAGAAUAAGAAAUUUAAAUCUUUCUCUUCUUUGUUCGGAAAAUCAUAGACCGCCUGGAUUAGAAAUUAUGGUUUCUUUUUGAAAAAGUGAAAUUCAGUCUGGAGCAGUUGGUCAGCACUGAAAGGAUGCUGAAAAUUUUGAAGGAGCUAAGCAGAAAAGUAUAUACAUGAUUGUAUGACAUUAAAUCAUGAAAAAAUCAUGAAUGUUAAAUUAUGGAAGAAAUAACGGUCAGAUUAUAUAUCUUAAAACAAAUGAUUUAGGUGGAAUUGUCAUAGACAAACAUUGCCAAGGUUAUAAAUAUGUUAAUAGUGAUAAGAAAAUAAACACCUCCUAAAAUAAUGAUAAAAAGUAUCGUUGGACCAUUUAUCAAAAUUCCUUUUUUUUUUACAAAAAAAACCCACAUGUAAUGAGGCUUUGUGCUUUGUCAGGCUAUGACAACAUCAUUUAACUAUUAGGUGAAAGAGAAAUUGAAAUUUAUGGAAAAAAUGUGUUUUUCCAUGAAUAUUGAUUUAUUCCUUACAUUAAAAUUGCAUUUUAAGCUCAUUUGUUUUUGAUUUAUUUUUUAAAGGUAUGUGCUUAUGUUUGCAAAGGCACAUAACUCUGUCUUUUAUCAUUUUUGAGUAAUGCCCCUUAUUUAAUUUAAAACCAGACCAGGUAAGCGUUGACAUUCAUUGCGGUGCUCUUGUUAAAUCAUGUCUGACAAUAUUCUUUCAUCACAAUGGUUAAUGUGUUCAAAGUUCACUGUUAUAUAUCACAGUUUGUUUUACAUGAUUUAUGUUAAGUUCAUUUUUUAUCAGUGAAAAUACACCAUAUGAUACUGAAAAAUCCAUGUAAGGCUACUGUUGUUCUCUGAUUCUUAUUAUGCUAUUGCCAUGUGUUGAGUGCAGCGGUUAACAACUCGUAUUUUGUGUGUUGAGUGCUGCGUUUUACAACUGAUAUUUAAUGUGUUGAGUGCUGCAUUAUUUUACAACUGAUAUUUCAUGUGUUGAGUGCUGCGUUUUAAAACUGAUAUUUCAUUUAAAAGUUUUUACAAUAUGGACGAAUGAAUCAAUAACGUAUGCCUUUUCACUGUUUCAUGUGUUUUCAUGAAGGAUUAUGAUGUCAUUGAUUUACUAGUUUUAUUUCCAGAACAGGAAUUCUGUGAGAUUUUAUGUUUAUUUGCAGUUUUGUAGGUAAAUCAUAAGGUUAAAAAAUGAAUGAAGGAUGCACAUUUAAAAGAAAUAUAAUGAUAGGACGCUUUUCUGGCGACCUGUUUCUCAUCUCGUUCGGUGAUUAAACAUGCAUCCGCCUUGACAGUACGCAGUCUCAACUGACUUUUAACCACCAAACAUGAUACGAUGCUGGAUGUCAGAAAAAUGUGCUAUCAUAAUAUCUUCCAUAUAUCAACAGGCACUAUUCUUGUUUUAUUAUUUUUUGAGUGAUAAUAAAUGCCAGAAAAAUGCAAUCUCUUCUCUGCAC